UAAAAAUCAUGCAUAGUUAAAAAUGGACUUCCUUUUCCCUGUCUUACAUGUCACAGGCUUCAUAUUGAUGGGGAAGCUGCCUAUUAGGGGAAUAGAUGACUUCUCACGUGUAUUAAUGAAAGCAAUGUAUUGUAGGCUGGGUAGCUGGUAGAAAUGUUGUGAGAGUUUGUAAGUGGAAGAUUUACACCAUUCUGACCCUAGUAUAUUCCUGCAGAGUAACAACACAGCCUAUUUAAUAUACAAUGAUGGAGUCCCUAAAUCUGUGAAUUGCAGCAGGAAGUAUGGACACACCAAAGGUUUACUGCUGUGGAACAAAGUUCAAGGGUUCUGGCUGAUUCAUUCCAUCCCUCAGUUUCCGCCAGUUCCGGAAGAAGGCUAUGAUUAUCCACCCACAGGGAGACGAAAUGGACAAAGUGGCAUCUGCAUAACUUUCAAGUACAACCAGUAUGAGGCAAUAGAUUCUCAGCUCUUGGUCUGCAACCCAAACAUCUAUAGCUGUUCCAUCCCGGCCACCUUUCACCAGGAGCUCAUUCACAUGCCCCAGCUGUGCACCAGGGCCAGCUCAUCAGAGAUUCCUGGCAGGAUCCUCACCACACUUCAGUCAGCCCAGGGACAAAAAUUCCUCCAUUUUGCAAAGUCUGAUUCUUUUCUUGACGACAUCUUUGCAGCCUGGAUGGCUCAACAGCUGAAGACACACUUGUUAACAGAAACCUGGCAGCGAAAAAGACAAGAGCUUCCCUCAAAUUGCUCCCUUCCUUACCAUGUCUAUAAUAUCAAAGCAAUUAAGUUAUCACGACACUCUUAUUUCAGUUCUUAUCAGGAUCAUGCCAAGUGGUGUAUUUCCCAAAAGGGCACCAAAAAUCACUGGACAUGUAUUGGAGACCUAAAUCGGAGUCCACACCAAGCCUUCAGAAGUGGAGGAUUCAUUUGUACCCAGAACUGGCAUAUUUACCAAGCAUUUCAAGGAUUAGUAUUAUAUUAUGAAAGCUGUAACUAAACUUGGUGAAAGGACAUAUGUGCUAUCAUUGAAAACCUUAAUAAUGGGUCUUCUUCCAUUACACCUUCUUUAUAUUUUAAAAGCCUGUGAAUAUACUCAUAACCUGCAUAUCAUAAAAUAAAAUACUUUUCUCUCAUGUUUACCAUUUAA